UGGCGGCGGAGGGCAGCGAGGCUGCGGUUGCUGAAGGCGGGGGCGGCGUCGAAGAAGCCGAAGCGUACGCCGAGGGUAUGUUGCUCUUGGGGUAGCUUACAAGUCUUCCAGCCCUUCUCGUCAACAGACAGAAUGGCCUCCCAGUACUUUGUCUCGGCUGCGAUUUCGGUCUCGAGGCGUGAGGCGGCGUUCAGGAUGGAUUCGACGCUGGUGUUGAAGCUUUGGAUCUUCCAGCCCUUGCCGACAGCGGCAAUGUCUUUCUUGCGCGGCUCAGUAAGGCGUGUGUCUUUGACGCGGUCAGCGCCGAGGGUGCCUAAUGAGACAACGUGGCGCAGACCGUCUGAUAUUGAGAGACCGGCUUGUACUGGUUGGUCUUUCGAGAGGAGAAGCGCAACGAAGUCGAGUGCGAUCAUUGAGGCAUGGUGUGCUUGUCUAGGUGGGUAGUAUCAGCGUAUAUCCUGUUUGCAAUUGCACAUCGGCGAAUCUCACUCUAAUUGGGCCAGCAUCUCGGCCUUCGCGUCCAUAACUUCCUUCUGCCGAUCAGGCGCUGCUUCGGUCUCAUCCUCGGUGCUCACGUCCUCAUUGUCUGCUGCAGCCUCAUUCUCUCCCUUCGCAAUCUCUUCCCGAAGGCCUUCUUCCGUGAGGUUCCUGAAUUGGCCUCUUUCGGCGUUGAUUCGAGAUAUGAGAGUCGGGAGCGCCGAGCCAUUCCCUUCUUUGGUGGGCCAUGGUCGCAAGGACAUGGGGAAGUUGUGGGGUAUGCCGCUCAUUGUGGUGUUUUUGGUGGUUCAAACGUUACUGGAAUGCAGUUAUCGCCCUCACCAUCUCAUAGAAAAACAAGUGAAGAGCAACAACAACGCAGGACAAGUUCACCGAGCUCUCGAGGAGCUAUUAUCAAUCAACACACUGUCUGAAGCCGUGAUAUUCUUAGCGCAGCCGCCAAUCAACACCCACCUACACACGAGCUAACGGGACAAUCGGACCGACACUUUUUCCGAUCAGCUAAACGCCCACUGCCACUGCCACUGGUAAUCGAUGAAAGCGGCCGAUCGGCCGCCGACGCUACCAAGCACCCACCGCCGUUCUUUUGUCCGUUGUAGAUGCGUGGUUGAGCAAAUGCCAUCACCCAAUCUCAAGCUAUCAGUGGCCAGUCUAGCCCCACACUUACAGCAUCAUACUUUAGAAUUCUUGUCACAGUUGCCCCUCACUCCUACAGCUCAAUAAUAAACUUCAUCUCCCUCGAAUUGUCCUUUUCUCAAAGUACCCUCGAAUAUCGAAUAACCUCAAUCUUUUCCUGUGCUUUCCACCACCCUAAAAGUGAUCAUAGAUAGCACAGUUCUGUGACGUACAUACACCCCCACCUUGCGCAAGUUCUAUCUAUUAUUACCUGCACGAGCUGCAAGAGAUCGCAAAUAUGGGCAUGCUCGAUCCUAGACCGGAUGGCCAGAAGGCCGAGUUGCUUCCCAAUGGCAAGAGACGCAAGAUUGCCAUGAUGACGAGUGGCGGUGAUGCGCCCGGAAUGAACGGAGCUGUACGAGCUGUCGUCCGAUCCGCGAUUGACGAAGGCUUCGACGCAUACUGUAUAUAUGAGGGCUACGAGGGCCUUGUGCAAGGCGGAGAUCUCAUAAAGCAAAUGUUGUGGGGCGAUGUCAGAGGCUGGCUCUCCGAGGGUGGUACGCUGAUCGGAACAGCACGCUGCAAGGCUUUUUACGAACGCCCCGGGAGACUGAAGGCUGCCAAGAAUAUGGUUAUCAAUGGCAUUGAUUCCCUCAUUAUCUGUGGUGGUGAUGGUUCUCUUACGGGUGCGGACAAGUUCCGAUUUGAGUGGCCCGGCUUGCUGGAGGAGCUGGUGCAGACCAAGGAACUCACGGAAGAAGAGAUCAAGCCCUUCAUGCACUUGACAAUCGUUGGUUUGGUAGGAUCUAUCGACAACGACAUGUCCGGUACGGAUGUGACGAUUGGUUGUUUCUCGGCGCUGGCACGCAUUUGCGAAAUGGUUGAUUACAUUGAAGCUACUGCGUCGUCACAUUCUCGCGCGUUUGUUAUUGAGGUUAUGGGCAGGCACUGCGGCUGGUUGGCCUUGAUGGCCGGUGUUGCAACGGGCGCAGAUUUUGUCUUUAUCCCGGAGAAGCCGAGAGCAGACAACUGGCGUGAGGAGAUGUGCACAAUUAUCGCGAAGCACCGUGGAGCCGGAAAGCGAAAGACUAUUGUUAUCAUGGCUGAAGGUGCCAAUGACCAACAAGGGAAUAAAAUAACGCCUGAACAAGUCAAAGACUUGCUCGCCGACCCAAAGGGCCUUGCACUCGAUACAAGAAUCACAACCCUUGGACAUGUUCAACGUGGAGGGCAAGCAUGCUCGUUUGACCGAACAUUGGCCACACUCCAAGGAGUUGAGGCUGUGAGAGCCGUUCUUGAUGCGAAGCCAGAUACACCCACAUGUUUCAUCGCGAUCAACGAGAACAAGAUUGUUCGAAAGCCUCUGAUGAAAGCCGUCCGCGACACGCAGGAAGUCGCAAAAGCUAUUCAAGCCCGCGACUUUGAUAGGGCGAUGGGUCUACGUGAUACGGAGUUCGCAGAGAUUUAUGCUUCUUACUUGAUAACUACUGCAACAUCUCUUGACAAAGCUAUGCAUUUGCCAUCCCAGAAGUGCAUGCGUAUUGGUAUCAUCCACGUAGGAGCGCCGGCUGGUGGCAUGAACUCGGCAACCCGAGCUGCCGUAGCAUACUGCCAGACCCGGGGGCACACUCCAGUCGGCAUAUACAAUGGCUUUGCCGGAUUUACGAGACACCACGGCGAUGAGCCGCUCGGAGCUGUCAGAGAGUUCGACUGGCUCGAGGUUGACAGCUGGGCUUCCAGGGGCGGAUCAGAGAUUGGCACAAACCGAGAGCUUCCAAGCGACUCCGGCAUGGCUACAGUCGCAGAGCUAAUUGCGAAAUACAAGAUCGACGCCAUAUUCAUGGUGGGUGGUUUCGAGGCUUUCCAUGCUAUGUCCCAGCUCCGCCAAGCAAGGAAGGAAUUCCCGCAGCUGGCUAUCCCCAUGACUCUCCUGCCAGCUACGAUAUCAAACAACGUCCCAGGCACAGAAUACAGCCUCGGGUCAGAUACCUGCCUCAACGAGCUCGUCCGCUACUGUGACACAAUCAAGCAAUCUGCAUCCGCCUCCCGCCGGCGCGUCUUCGUCAUCGAAACCCAAGGCGGCCGCUGUGGCUACGUCCCCGUCCUCGCGGGCCUCAACGUCGGCGCCACCGCCAUCUACACCCCCGAAGAAGGCAUCAGCAUUGACAUGCUCGCCGCGGACAUCCGACACCUCCGCAAGGCCUUCGCCGAAGACUCCGGGCAGUCCCGCGCCGGUCGCCUCGUCCUCGUUGGCGAGAAGGCGAGCAGCGUCUACUCCGCCAAGCUGAUCGCGGAUAUCAUCCGCACCGAGGCACAUGGACGCUUCGAGUCGCGCGAUUCGAUCCCAGGACACGUGCAGCAGGGUGGCACGCCAUCGCCGAUGGACCGCAUCCGCGCUGUGAGGCUGUCGAUCAAGUGUAUUGAGCACCUUGAGAAAUUCACCGGUGCGUCGGCGCAGAUGAUCACGGACGAUGCGCUGAGCAGCAGUGUGAUUGGGAUCCGUGGUGCGAGCGUGACGUUUACGUCGAUGGAGCACGUGGAGUCGAAGGAGACGGAUUGGGCGAAUCGCAGACCGCUGGAGGUGUUCUGGGCGGAUAUUGAGCCUGUUGUUGAUACGCUGAGUGGAAGGCCUGAGAUUCCGAGGCCGGAGACGGAUUUGAAGGGGCAGAGGGCGAAGGAUAUUAAGAGGGGCCUUGUGAAGGGUCCUGUCUAAGGGGAGGAUGGGGGUGUUUUAGCUGGGCUCAAAACUUGAAUCUUUAGCACUUUUAGAAU